AGAUUCCCAGGUUGAUACAGAGCUCCCUCCCAGAACUCUGACAUGUAUAUAAGCUCUGAGCUCUCCAAAGCCCACUGCCAGUUCUCUUCGUGAACUAACUGCAACGGAGAGACUAAAGAUGAUUCCCUUCUUACCAGUAUUCUCUCUGUUCCUGCUGUUGGUUGUUAACCCUGCAAAUGCCAAUGGUCACUACGACAAGAUCUUGGCUCACAGCCGUAUCAGGGGACGGGAUCAGGGUCCAAAUGUCUGUGCCCUUCAACAGAUUUUGGGCACCAAAAAGAAAUACUUCAGUACCUGCAGGAACUGGUAUCAAGGUGCCAUCUGUGGGAAAAAAACGACUGUGUUAUAUGAAUGCUGCCCUGGUUAUAUGAGGAUGGAAGGAAUGAAAGGCUGCCCAGCAGUGUUGCCUAUUGACCAUGUUUAUGGAACCCUGGGCAUUGUGGGAGCUACCACCACACAGCGCUAUUCUGAUGUCUCAAAACUGAGGGAGGAGAUCGAAGGAAAGGGAUCAUUCACUUACUUCGCACCGAGUAACGAAGCUUGGGACAACCUGGAUUCUGAUAUCCGGAGAGGUCUGGAGAGCAAUGUGAAUGUUGAACUACUGAAUGCUUUACACAGUCACAUGGUUAAUAAGAGAAUGUUGACCAAGGACUUGAAAAAUGGCAUGAUUAUCCCUUCAAUGUAUAACAACUUGGGGCUCUUCAUUAACCAUUAUCCUAAUGGGGUUGUCACUGUGAACUGUGCUCGAAUCAUCCAUGGGAACCAGAUUGCAACAAAUGGUGUUGUGCAUGUCAUUGACCGUGUCCUUACACAAAUUGGUACCUCAAUUCAGGACUUCAUUGAAGCAGAAGAUGAGCUCUCAUCUUUUAGGGCAGCUGCCAUCACAUCCGAUAUAUUGGAAACGCUUGGGAGAGAUGGUCACUUCACACUCUUUGCUCCCACCAAUGAAGCUUUUGAGAAACUUCCACGAGGAGUUCUAGAAAGGAUCAUGGGAGACAAAGUGGCUUCAGAAGCUCUCAUGAAGUACCACAUUCUAAACACCCUCCAGUGUUCAGAGGCUAUCAUGGGAGGAGCCGUCUUUGAGACCCUGGAAGGAAACACCAUUGAGAUAGGAUGUGAUGGUGACAGCAUAACAGUAAAUGGAAUCAAAAUGGUGAACAAAAAAGAUAUUGUGACAAAUAAUGGUGUCAUCCAUUUGAUUGAUCAGGUCCUGAUUCCUGAUUCUGCCAAACAAGUUAUUGAACUGGCUGGAAAUCAGCAAACCACUUUCACAGACCUUGUGGCCCAAUUAGGCUUGGCAUCUGCUCUGAGGCCAGAUGGAGAAUACACUUUGCUGGCACCUGUGAAUAAUGCAUUUUCUGAUGAUACUCUGAGCAUGGAUCAGCGCCUUCUUAAAUUAAUUCUACAGAAUCAUAUAUUGAAAGUAAAAGUUGGCCUUAAUGAGCUUUACAAUGGACAAAAACUUGAGACCAUUGGAGGCAAACAGCUCAGAGUCUUCGUGUACCGUACAGCUGUCUGCAUUGAAAAUUCAUGCAUGGUGAGAGGAAGCAAGCAAGGAAGAAAUGGUGCCAUUCACAUAUUCCGAGAGAUCAUCAAACCAGCAGAGAAAUCCCUCCAUGAAAAACUGAAACAAGAUAAGCGCUUCAGCAUCUUCCUCAGUCUACUUGAAGCUGCAGACUUGAAAGAGCUCCUAACAGAGCCUGGAGAUUGGACCUUAUUUGUACCAACCAAUGAUGCCUUUAAGGGAAUGACUAAUGAAGAAAAGGAAAUUCUGAUUCGGGACAAAAAUGCUCUUCAAAACAUCAUCCUUUAUCACCUGACACCAGGAGUUUUCAUUGGAAAAGGUUUUGAACCUGGUGUUACUAACAUUUUAAAGACCACACAAGGAAGUAAAAUCUAUCUGAAAGGAGUAAAUGAUACACUUCUGGUAAAUGAACUGAAAUCAAAAGAAUCUGACAUCAUGACAACAAAUGGUGUCAUUCAUGUCGUAGAUAAACUCCUUUAUCCAGCAGACACACCUGUUGGAAAUGAUCAGCUGCUAGAAAUACUUAAUAAACUGAUCAAAUACAUCCAAAUUAAGUUUGUUCGUGGAAGUACCUUCAAAGAAAUCCCUAUAACUGUCUACACAACUAAAAUUAUAACCAAAGUUGUGGAACCAAAAAUUAAAGUGAUUGAAGGCAGUCUUCAGCCUAUUAUCAAAACAGAAGGACUCACAAUACCAAAGGUCAAAAUUGAAGGUGAACCUGAAUUCAGACUGAUUAAAGAAGGUGAAACGGUAACUGAAGUGAUCCAUGGAGAGCCAAUUAUUAAAAAAUAUACCAAGAUCAUUGAUGGAGUGCCUGUGGAAAUAACCGAAAAAGAGACAAGGGAAGAACGGAUCAUUACAGGUCCUGAAAUAAAAUACACUAGGAUUUCAACUACAGGUGGAGAAACAGAAGAAACUCUGAAGAAAUUGUUGCAAGAAGAGGUCACCAAGGUCACCAAAUUCAUUGAAGGUGGUGAUGGUCAUUUAUUUGAAGAUGAAGAAAUUAAAAGACUGCUUCAGGGAGACACACCUGUGAGAAAGAUACAAGCCAACAAAAGAGUUCAAGGAUCCAGAAGACGAUCAAGGGAAGAUCGUCCUCAGUGAAAAUCCGGACACCAGACAACAAAGUUUAUACAACCCUAAACCAACAACCUGGUCUUAAAGGAAAAAUAUGAAAGCCACUUUGAUGUGAAGAAAUGAGCCAAGACAAAAGAGCAAUUGUUGAACAAUUCUGAAUGCAAUAACUUUUUUUUUUUCUGAAUGAGAAACAUGAGGGAUAUUGUGGGUUUAGCCUCCUGUGGGAUAGAAUCUAAGGGAAACAUAACACCUUACAGACUUUUACAUCUUGACAUGAAGAGUUCCAGCUGACUUUGAAAUCCAUGAGAGAAAAUCCUUGUCACUGGAUUCAAUACAAUUCAAAUCUCCGAGUUGUGACCUGUUAUCCCAUUGAGAAGAUUGAACCUUGAAUUUACAUAUGGAGACAUAAAAUGCAUGCAAGGAGUUACCUCUCCAUGGGAAAUGGAUAAAUAAAAAUGGGUGCUCAGUAUUAAAAAAUGACAAAACCAAAACUUUUACAUCAAAAAGCUUUGCACAUUUCUAAUAAAAUGUGGGUUUACUGGCAAAUUAUAUUAUUUCUGCAACUUAAUUUUGUACUCUUGAAAUGUUUGUCUUAUGCUUCUUGCAAUACAUAUUUUUUAUCUCAAACAUUUCAAUAAAUCCAUUUUUCAGGUAUAAAGACAAUUAUUUCAAAUGGGUAAUUCAAAAAAACUCAAGGUUUACGUUAAUAAGAGAUUUGGACUUGGGAACAGGACUUUAUACCUCUUUUUUUAUAUAUAUAACAAAUACUCAUUAAAGGAAAUUGAAUGAA